UGGGUGGUCAUGCCUUUUGGCCUCACCAACGCCCCGACGACCUUUCAAGCGGCAAUGGCCAACGAGUUUCGUGCGAUGUUGGACCGGUUCGUGCUGGUCUACUUAGACGACAUUCUCGUCUGUAGCCGGACAUUGGAGGAUCAUCUUGAACACCUUCGACGAGUGUUGGAGACGUUACACCGCGCCAAGUACAAAGCCAACCGCGACAAGUGCGAAUUUGUUCGGCAAGAGCUGAAAUACUUGGGUCGUUUUGUCACACCGGAGGGCAUCAGUCCGUUGUCGGACAAGAUUCAAGUCAUCCAAGAGUGGCCGGAGCCGCGGAACGUCACGGAUGUCCGUUCGUUCCUUGGCCUUGUCGGCUACUACCAACGUUUUAUCAAGGGAUACUCGAAGAUCGCGACCCACUUGACUAAGCUUCAAGGCGAGGAUCGACCGUUUGACUUCGGAGAGGAUGCGCAGGAAUCAUUUUUGGCUCUCAAAGCCGCGCUAUUAUCUGCGGAGGUCUUGCGAAUAUACAACCCGCUACUUUUCAGGCCCUGGGUCCGGUGUCCGAUGGGUAUCUGCAACGCUCCCACGAGCUUUCAGAGAGCCAUGAAUAUGGCUUUUCAGAAUUUCGUACGGAAGACUCGUUUGGCGCAGAGCAUCAUCAACUAUUGCGUGAUUGUGUACAUGGACGACAUUCUGGUGUACUCGAGUUCCUACGAGGGAUACGUGCAGCACAUCGAAUGGGCUCUCCAUGCGCUACGAGAUGCGGGUUUCAAGGUGGCGCUUGAGAAGUGUCAGUUCUUUCUUACCACCAUUUCCUUCCUGGGACACGUGCCAGAGGCAAUUUCGGCUAUCCUUGCCCAAGUGGGACCAAGUGGACUCGAGAGCGUGGUGGAGUAUGCGUCCAAAUCGGUGCCCGCCUGCAAGCGCAACUACGCCGCUCCGGCGAUAGAAUGCUACGCGGCUCUUUGGGGAAUCAGUCACUUUCGCGCUUACCUGUACGGGCGGAAGUUCACAUUGGUAACCGAUCAUGAGCCCCUGUUGAUUCUGAAGAAAUCGAAGGAUUACUCUAGCAUGAUCGGGCGAUGGGCAACGGUGCUACAGAGCAUGGACUUUGACAUUCGUCAUUGGAAGCACGAGAGACACGGGAAUGCGGACGGAUUGACACGACUGCACCGGCCUGAGAAAGUUCCGAAGAGUGAGGAGGUGAUUUCAUGGAACGAACCCGAACAAGAGGUUGGACCUCAGUACGGCCAAGUGGAGAUCAUGUCGAAGCACCACGUGGCCAUAUCUCGGAAAUUCGGCAAGUUCGUCAUCCGCGGCUUAAUAUGGAUCUUCGGCGAUUGGCUCCGUUCUUCUGCGACGUGGACCAGCGAGCAUCCUGCGUGGAUUGAAAAUUUGGAACUGCGAAUCAUACAAGCUUGGAGAACUAACGUUGAGGGCUAUCUUCUCGGCUUUCUCGUUGGAUCGGUACGGCCGGGCCGCCGCCAGUUGAUUGCGCAGGAGCUCAUCACGAGGAUCGUGCAAUUGGCGGACGAUCUCCCGCCCGACAUCUUUUCACAAAGUGACGACAGCCCAGCUCCGUACGUUCUCGAGCGGUCAUUGGAUCCGUACCUACAAUGGACGGCGUGCUUAGAGGAGCCCAGGGACGAAGAUACUCUACCUUCCCGGCAGGAGUAUCUGAAGCCUUACGACAUCAUCCCUCACGCCUUCUAUCCGAAGGCAGAGGAAGUGGUGAUCGACGAGGACGAAGAAGACGACGACGAGGAAACGUCGAAGGAAGGGAGCUAUAGCGAGUUUAGUGAGGGCGAGCCGAGUGAAGAAGAAGAGGAGAAAGCAGAAACCGGAUCUGAAUGGGAAGCCUUGCCGGAGGAAGCGGCGCGCACGGGCACGGAGGCGGAAGAUCCGGAAGCAACCCAGCUUCCGGGAAGCAGUGGCUACGAGUCGGAAAGUCCUGUCGGGCUGACGAUAGGCUGGUCGGUUGCGCGCUUGAUCGCCACGACGGACUGUGGGAUUGGGGCGAACCGCGUCGAGUUUUACGUCGGCGGGGUGACGAUCGCAGUGGUGGGAGUUAGCACGCGACGGCCGGGAUCGUCGAUGCGGGCUACUGAUCCAGGGUGGAUGGUGACUACGAAUAUGGUGCAUUACAAGCCCCCACUCACGCGGUUUCUGGACCUUACAUCAACAGAGUAUGCCGACAUUCUCAAGCAACGUGAACUGAAGUGUUCAGAGGAGGAAGAGAUGCUUCAGGAAGUGAUCAGGAAUAUGUCCCCCCCGCCGAAUCCACCGUUGUGUUUCGAGACAACGAAUGGGACCACAUUCACUCCUUUUGAUGUUCGAGAUUUGUCCCCCCCGGGCACCAGAGUUAUGAAGGAUCUUCACCAUAAAUUGUUGCCUCCAGGUCAGCGUCUGAAGACCUCUUGUGUUCAGCUGCAGAGCCACAGACCAGGAGUUCUUCUUGGUGUGGCUACUGAUGUAAAUAUGCUUCGAAGUGUGAACGGCGAGAGCCGGUGGAAUCCGCAAGCAUACUCGGGAGUCAGAAAGAACUGGGGCCCGGAUCCCAUGGAGAGUCCUGAUUCGGUCCUAGACGUAUCGUGCGAUUGAAGCCGGCCAGAUUCAUCCGGGAAAUCCUACCUACAUUCUUCUCCCAAACACAUGACUACAUUUCGACCGAACGCAGAGGUUGUAUACAUUCAUGAGGACUAUGGGGCGCUAUCUUCGGGGCGGGGGAGGGGGGGGGGGGGGGGGGGGGGGGGGCGCGGGGGCAGCACAGGGGCCGAGGAUUGAGGUUUGUAUACCAUCUUCACCCGAAUAGAAUGUAUGUAUGGUCCCUGUCGCUGCAUACAGAUUCUAUCUAAACUGAAAGUUGCCAUUCAUACAGGUAUAAUGACCGUGCGCGUGCUCUUCGGGGGAAGAAGUUACUGUGGUAAUGAUGCCCUUAGAAGAUCCCAAUUGUAAAUUUGCUUGGACCAGCAGUACCUCCAAAAAGAGAGAAAAGUUGAAGAAAGCCGGCACUGCCACGGAUAUGCUUGCUAGUGAGAAGAAGCUGGCGGCCCUAGUGCUAGGAAUCG